AUGGAUGUGUACUUUCGUGAAUUUGAGUCAUAUUACACACAGAAGGUACCCUCAUCCGUUGGUGACUCGCCCAAUACUGGAAGUAUGAGGCGAGAAGGGGAGAAUGGUGAGAGGCAGAUGAAUAAUGUCGAUGGGGAAGGAGAUGAUGGGGGUCCUGGAUUUGUUGGAGAAGGGGGUGAGGGUGACGUUGAGGAUCUUGGUGGCGCCGUCGUAGUCGAUCCAAGCUUGGAUCUUGACGCCGGAUUUGAGGUUGAGGUCAAUCUUGGAGCCGGCGUCGUCGAAGUAGGCGGCAACAGCGGACUUGUUGGAGGUGAGGUUGUUGAUGUUGAUGUCGACGCCGACGUGGUUGUCGGAGGUUUUGGUGGAGUUGGUGAUGUCGGAGGUUUUGGGGGUAGAGGUGAAGAAGGAAGGAGGUGA